AUGGAUUUUUUCAUGAAACUUGCCAAAAGUGACGUCGGCCAGAUGGCGAUGAACACAGUCCGACAAAACGUGGAGGAUAAAAUCAAAGAAUACGCGGAUGCUCAACAUAAAGCAGCUGGUUCAACGUCUCAAGCCAGCAAUCCACAGGCACAAUCGAUGUGGCCGGGACCUGUGGAUAAAACCUUGAAAUUUUCUAUCAACUCAAAGCUUUCUACGAACUUUUCACAAGCUACAUAUGGUGAUGGAUAUGCACUUGUCUACACACCAAACAACUAUGUUGUUUAUUUCAAUAAGAAUGCAUCUUACAUUGACGAUCUGGAAUAUUUGUGGAAAGAAUUUGACGAAUCCAUCACACAUCUGAACAAUCCUAUCAACGUCAUUAAUGAUUUGGUACCGGUUAUGCUGAGAGAAAAGGAAUUACAAUCCGAGUGCUCAGCAGUAUAUUUUGCGAUUUUUUCUGGAUUUUCAAAUUAUGUUAAGGAGGAGAAAAAGAAAGAAGGAGAUGGCUUCUCAAUGUCAAAACUAAAUAGAAGAGGUGAUACUCCCGUUCAUGUUGCCGCUCGAUUUGCAUCUCUUAGUUUACUUCAAAUGGUCUGGGACAAAUAUUUCGAUCCAUUGACAAUGAAUCAUAAUGGUCAGACAAUUUUGCAAGUUGCACGUCAUCGUCCAGAAAUUGUAAAGUACAUCAACAGUCAUGUUACCGGAGAAGUAUGCGACAAAAUGAUCAUAACCGCAGAAACUCAUCCCAAGCCCGAAACUCCCGAUUACCCGCGAUCUUUUGAGAAAAUUCUAGAAUACUCAAUCAAAAAUAACUUGCCACAUUGCUUAUUGUCACCGGCAGAUGUUCUCAACAAAUCAUCAUUUUCACUGAGAGAUCUUGAAUCAGUGCUGAGAAUUCUCUACGUGCAAGACUCGGACUUUUUGGGGAGACUUUUGAACUCGAAGAAUGUGUUUCACACAUUUGACAAUUUCGUGAAAGAUCACCAAAAGUUGAUGCUCAGUUUUGCCAAAGCUGAAAUGAUAAACGCUCAAGAUUUGAACGGACUCACACCAAUGCAUUAUAUAGCAAAAAAUGGAAACCUAAGCACAAUCAUACUUCUUUGGUCGCACGGCGCGAAUGUUAAUAUGCUUGAUAACAAAGGAAUGUCUCCAAUGGAUUAUGCUCUUGAAAGAGAUGACGUCGAUAUUGUAAAAGCAUUUCUGGCGUUUGAUGGACAUUCCACCGACCGAAUUUUGAAAGCUGCACUAAAUUCCAGACGUAAAUGUGCAGAAGUUCUGCAAAAACACUUCAAAGCACUUGAAGAAGGAAAAGAGAAAAAUAUUAAAUACAAUCUGGAAAACCCUUCUCAUCGUCGUUGCCAAAACUUCCCGCCAUUGACCAAGAAAGAUUCAGUCAUUUUGUCUAUUGACGGAGGUGGUAUGAAAGGAAUUCUGGCUCUUCAGCUUUUGAAGGAGAUCGAAAAGGUUGUUGGAAAUAAAUUCUUGCGCUGGUUCAAUCAUAUCGGUGGAACAUCAACUGGAUCAAUGAUCACUCUUGGAUUGGUCAAGUACGGAAAUAUUGACCAUGUCAUCAGACAAUAUUUCAGAAUGAAAGAUGAUAUUUUCAUUGGAUCCAGACCAUACUCUGGCGAAGGUCUGGAAAAUGCUCUUCUAAAUGAAUUUGGAAGAGAUACGCUCCAGCAACUCGGUGAGAAGAAUGGUAUUCGCAUCAGUAUCCCGGUUGCUCGAGUCGAUAUCAGCCCUCCGCUACUCUACAUGUUCCGCAGUUAUAACAUCAGAGACCCGUCAUUUGAUCAAGCUGGCAUGAAGCCUGUCUGGGCAGCUGCAAAAGUUGUUAGGGCUUCUUCAGCGGCGCCAUCAUUCUUCCCACCUGUUGAUGGAAAGUUUAUGGACGGAGGACUAAUCGCUAAUAAUCCAGCUGUUGACAUUCUUACUGAUUGUCAACGCCUGGAAUAUGAGAGAAACGAGCGUAAUGUGUCAAAGAUCAUGGUUUCAAUUGGAACUGGGUCGAUGCAAAAGAAAAUUGAGAAUGUUGACUUGAUGAAGCCAACAACAAUGGGUGGAAUUGUGAACACGUUCAACCAGAUUCUUCACUUAAAAGACGUCUUUAUUGAGCAGCUCACAGCAGCUGAUGGAGUAACCGUCGAACGGGCUCGUUGGAUGGCUGAAGCCAUGGGAAUGGCUUUCUUCCGUUUCACUCCAAACCUUGAAUUCCCAGUUGCUAUUGACGAGAAGGAUGAUAGUGCGUUGCUGGAUGCAAUGCUCGCUGUCAAGUAUGAAGCUGUCGCAAUGCGAAAUGAGAUGUACAUGCUUUCUUCGAUUCUCAAAUAAUUUGAGCCCUCUCGCAGAUAUUCAAUAAUCUAUUAGUUUUGCUUUUCUCAUAUGUGAGAAUACACAUAAGUUCAUAAUUUUGUAUACAUUCUAAGUCUCAGUUGUGAAAAAUCAUUCCGUCAUAAUACAUAGAAGUCUAUUUGAACCGAGUAAAUAUUUUUUCAAGC